ACUAACAGUAACAUUGGAUGAUCUACAACAUCAUUCUCAUUCUGUUCUGGCAAACAUUCGAGCGCGCUCAAUACGUUCGAAUGUGGAACAGUUACACGUCAACGCAAAGUCCGUUCUACAUUGUUGACGUCACAAUAGUCUUCCGAGGGAGACGGGUUUGUUUUUGACAACAGAUAACGUUAUAGGUAAGUGCACUCCUGGUGCUGAAGGUAACGGUUUGGCCGUUAUAACGCUAAUGCCCGAAUAGCAAAUCAAAAGCGACGUUUUGUCAAGAAAUUGUGGUUUAUUGGCGACUUUGCAUCGGUUAAAAUCAGUGACUGUAGGCAAAAGUUACGAUGGCGAACAGCGGUGAGGGCCGUUCGAAGGCCAGGGAGCCACUGAGAUCUCACUACUUCACGGUGUUCCGGUACCGGGAAAAUGGGACUUCCGAAGAACACUACCUUGAGGUUCUCCGGGACGAGAGGUGUGACAGACGACGAGCGAGGGCCGCCUGUGAAAGUCUCAGCGUUCACCACAACCCCCGCCUGCGGCUGGCAGAUCGCACCCGCACUUCCACCUGCCGACAAGCUGGAGGAGAGGAACGAACGAAGUCUGCAGACCACGCCGUACGGACCGAUUCGCGGGGCAAGCGUGGCGGCGACAGGCCGACCCCAGGGACGGAGUCGCGCGGCAAGCGUUAUGGGGACAAGACGACGCAGAGCGACGCGUCGCCCGGCAGGUACCGCCAGAACUGCGACAGCGGCGUUGCUGAGCCGGGCGCCAGAGGGCGCCACCACACGGAGGUGCACCGUUACGCACUGGACACGAGACGUCGUUCCACGGACAGGUGCCACGCCAGGCUCUCCAUAGAGAUGUCUGUGAUAGACCCUGCCGUUCUACCUGUGCAGAACCAGCUGCUGCUCGCCGCGCUCCAAGCUCUCUUCAUUCCUUCAUGCCCCGGCAUCUGUAUAGAGCGGGUCCGCUCUCUUCAGGAUAUAGUCAACCCUGCGGUCAUGAGAUGCGAAGUCAGACCGACGUUCUGGUGCAGAUCAUACGAGAACUGCAAGGCAGCGUUAUUCCUGUCGUCCGAGGCGAAGAGGAAAGUGAAGCACGAGAGGCAGUUCCUGUUGAGAGCCCUGCGCUACAUCUUACAGACGACAGAAAUCGCGGUCUUCAUAGUUGUUUAAAUCCAAUGUUACCCGAACCGUUAGUGUUUCCAUGGGUUACCGGAAAAUAGUAGAAAUUGGCCAAAAAGGUUCAAUAAUUUGCCCGAGAGGUGUCAGCCAUCGAGUAAUCAUUUGCAACGUCAUCAACCGCGACGAAACAUUGUUCUCUAAGGCAAGCUCAGUCUCCUGUCAAAUAUCACUACUGGUGCCGACUUCACCUUUUCAGUAUACGACAGAGUCGUCUGGAUUAGACCAAGGAGGCUUCUUUAUUAGACUUAUAUAAGUUUCACAGAAUCCCUCUUCUGUAAUACCUUUAGUUGAUACCAACUGUCUCAUUGAGUGUCUUGUAACCUUACUUUAGACCUCGGGUAGUGGUCCUCCAGAUCUCACUCCCUCCACCUGCUGCCAUGGUCUCCGGGAUUGUUUUAAAUCCCCUUUUCAGUCAUUCUGCGGUGUACUUCUUAUGAAAUCUGUAAACUAUAGCUACAUCGGACAGUAAUAAUGCAGAUGAGUGUGUCUUAAACACUAAGCAAAUUAGCUCAAAAAAUUUGUUACGCAUGGGCACCUGUAUAAUAAUCACGAUGCCACACAGUAGUUGUUGUUGCAUGUAUACAUAUAAUUGAUAAGUUUAUCAAAAAUUGUUGCCCGAAGGCUAAUUGUAAAUACCAGGAUAAAUACAAUGAAUAAGAAAUCAACGACAAUGUCGGGCAUUCAUAUGUGGGUACUCUAGUCUCAGAUGUUAAACUCGACUUGAGUAAUGGUACGGUUACAUUUGCACCGGUGCCUGUAGAGGGUGUAGCCCCGGCCGGGCUCUGAAGCCACAAAUUUGUCCCAUUGGACUGCCGGAAACUGGGCGUAUCCCUUGGCGUUUUCACGAUUAGUUUCAAAAGUCCGGGCCCGACCGUGCCACAAAAUAGCCCGGUAGCGGCAGGGUGCCCCACGAGGUCAAAUGAAAGGCCGUUAACUGCACGGCGGGAACGCUUUUUCCAAUGGUGACAGUAGCAUAACGGAAGACGAAAAACCCCACUCUUUCACAAGUACAGCUCGAAUCAUCUACUUCCAGCCGACCGAUUGUAUAUUCCAAUUAUUCCAGCUUAAUCAUUUAUAACCCCAGAUGCCCGACAUACUGACAUACAAUGUAAUAUUGCAUUGAUUGAGCUAGAUAAUCAAUGCAUGCCUUUUAUUCUAGCUGUGUCAAAA